AUGAAAAAAAAAAGCGUUUUCCUAACAUGGAGAUGCUUAGGGUUCAAUUUAGCCUUGUCCCUUCCCCUCCUCUACUUCUACCUCCUGCAAUGCGAAAAGAAGAAGAAGCAAAAGGGGAAGGGGCAAAUUGGGUUAACCCAAGUGGAGUACAUUGGCAAGCCGUUGAUCGGAGGCGACUUCACUUUGAUUAAUCAUGACGGGAAGGUAGUAACAAAUGAGGAUUUCAAAAAGAAGUUUUGUUUAAUUUAUUUUGGAUUUACCUACUGCCCAGAUAUAUGUCCGCAAGAGCUGGAGAAGCAGACCAUCGUGAUUGAAAGGAUUGUAAAAAAAUAUGGGGACGUCAUAACCCCCGUUUUUAUUUCCGUGGAUCCUAAUAGGGACACGCUGGCCCAGGUGAAGCACUACUGCAGCAGCUUUAGCGACAGGCUGGUGGGGCUGACUGGCACGAAGGAGCAAAUUAGGAGGGUCGCCAAGUUGUUUCGCGUGUACUACAACGAGCACGUCGUGGGGGAGGAGCAGACGGAGGAGCAGACGGAGAAGCAGAAGGAGAGGCAGACGGAUACCCAAACGGAGGCACAGAGUGGAGACCCCCCCCGUGCCCCCAGUUACAACUACCUCAUUGACCACUCAAUAAUUCAUUACCUCCUCGAUGCCGACGGAAAGUUCGUCGACUUUUUCGGGAAGAACUGCACCACCAGUGAGAUGGUGGAGAGGAUAUCCCAUUACGUCGAUUUGCAUUUGCAGAGCGGGGCUGCAGUGUAG